AUGUAUAAAAUGGAAUAUUCUUACCUCAAUUCCUCUGCCUACGAGUCCUGUAUGGCUGGGAUGGACACUUCGAGCCUGGCUUCAGCUUAUGCUGACUUCAGUUCCUGCAGCCAAGCCAGUGGCUUUCAAUAUAACCCCAUAAGGACCACUUUUGGGGCCACUUCUGGCUGCCCAUCCCUCACUCCAGGAUCCUGCAGUCUCGGCUCUCUUAGGGACCACCAGAGCAGUCCAUACGCAGCAGUUCCUUACAAACUCUUCACCGACCACGGGGGUUUAAACGAGAAGAGGAAACAGAGGCGAAUCAGAACCACCUUCACCAGCGCCCAGCUCAAGGAACUGGAGAGGGUGUUUGCAGAGACUCAUUAUCCUGAUAUAUACACCCGGGAGGAGCUGGCGCUCAAAAUAGACCUGACCGAGGCGAGGGUGCAGGUCUGGUUCCAGAACCGCCGCGCCAAGUUCCGUAAGCAGGAGCGGGCGGCGGCGGCAGCAGCGGCGGCCGCCAAGAACGGGGCGGCCGGCAAGAAAUCCGACGCCUCCCGUGACGACGAGAGCAAAGAGGCCAAGAGCACCGACCCCGACAGCACCGGCGGCCCCGGCCCCAACCCCAAUCCCGCACCCAGCUGCGGCGGAGGUGGUGGCGGCGGACCCAGCCCCGCCGGCGGUCAGGGUGCGGCCGGGCCAGGCGGUCCGGGGGGAGAGCCGGGCAAGGGAGCGGCAGGGCCCGGCGGGUUGGCGGCAGCGGGGCCGGGGCAGGGCUGGGCGCCAGGACCCGGGCCCAUCACCUCUAUCCCCGACUCGUUAGGCGGCCCCUUCGCCAGCGUCCUCUCCUCGCUGCAGCGGCCCGGCGGUACCAAAGGCAGCCUCGUCAAGAGCGGCAUGUUCUGA